AAAACAUUAAACACAAUUGCUAGUGUAGUUUUUCUUGUUCCAACUUUUUAGUAUAGUAUGAGCAAUAUUAUUAACUGUAAUUUAUUACAGUUGUUUCAGUUAAAAUACACACAGUAUUUGGCUUUUAUUUUGAUUCACUGAUUGAUAGAUAAAGUGUAACUGGGACUCAGUAUGUAAUCACUGAUUAUGGUUACUGAUGUGUAUAAAUGGAAAUAAAAAGAAAAGUGUCUGAAAACAUACAUUUAUCCAACUUUAUGGGCAACAGUGUAGUUAAUGUCUUCUCCAUGCUGACUUUUACACUUUUAGAUAACGGUGUGUUACAUAACAGAACCAUUUAGGUGAUUCUGCCAACUGAUAUUUAUAGUAAAUUUGAUACUUCCUCAUUUAAUCCUCAAACAAGUAAAACAAGAGUCUCACUGUAAAUGUGACAAAGCUUGACAAACAACAUUACAGUUUAAAGUAAUGCAUUUCUUAAGUUGCCUCAAUAACUUGCUCAUCUCAACUGGCUCAUCCUGUUUCACAUAUGUUAUGCAAACAAACACUUGUUGAGGAAAGCUGAUAACAGGGGCUGGAACAAUACAUUUACUGUAACACAGGGUAGUUGAAUAUGGGCAGAGCCAAUACGGACAGCAGGAAAUGACGGCAGCUAAGCCAUCUCAUGCUAAAUGCACACAAAGUGAAACUGUUUAGAGCAUUCAACCUUAGCCCCUGCCAGGAGAGAGACAAACAGGGGAGACUGAAGACACAACAAGAGACCAAAUAUGUCGUCUGUCCCGGUCCUCCUCUUGGAAACUCUGGAAGAUCUGGAUAAUGAACAACUGGCAAAAUUUCACUUUUUUCUUUACAGCAAAGUUCUUGAUGGAUUCACCCACAUUCCCAAGGCUCAUUUACAGGAGGCAGACAGACCACGCACUGUGAAUCUUUUGGUGCAAACGUAUAGCGAUGAUGCUAUUUCUGUCACAGUGGAUGUACUAAUGAAAAUGAAACUCAAACAUUCAGCUGAAACCCUAAAGAAGAAUUAUAAUGAAGCACCAACCAGUCAAGGAAGCAAAGAAAUUGACCACCAUGCAAUUCAAGAAAAACUCAAAUUCACACUGUUGAAAAAGUGCCAAAAUGUUUAUGAGGGGAAUACAGAUGAAGGGGACAUUGUCCACCUGAAAAAAAUCUACACUGAGUUGCAUGUGAUCGAGGAGGCCUGGGGAGGCUUCAGUGAGGAACAUGAGGUCAGCCAGCUUAGGCCCAUGCAUGGGACACCAGAGCAAACCGCCAUUGAAGCUAGAGACAUUUUCAAGCCCAGACCCCAUCAAGCAAAGCAAAUCAGAACAGUGCUUACCCUGGGUAUAGCUGGAGUGGGUAAAACUGUCUGUGCACAGAGGUAUACCCUGAGCUGGGCAGAAGGGCAAGAAAAUCAGGACAUCAAGUUUCUCUUCCCUAUACCUUUCCGUGAAUUGAAUCCUAACAUAGGUGACAAGGACUGCAGCCUAAUGCAGCUGCUCCAUCAGUUCUUUCCGGAGAUGAAACAAGUACAGACACUAGGAACAGAAAGCAAAGUCCUGUUCAUCUUCGACGGCCUGGAUGAGACUCUCCUCCCUCUGGACUUCAAGCACAACAAGGUCUUGAGAGAUGAGACCGAGCCGGCUCCGUUGGAUGUACUCAUCACAAACCUUUUGACAGGAAAUCUGCUUGGCAACGCUCUGAUCUGGAUCACUUCCCGCCCUGCAGCAGCCAACCGUAUUCAUCGCAAGUACAUCCAUCAAUGGACCGAGGUGAAAGGCUUCACAAAUGAACAGAGGGAGGAAUACUUCAGGAGGCGUUUGUGUGAUGACAACCUCACUACCAAGAUCAUCAACCAUGUGAACUCAUCAAGAAGCCUCAACAGUAUGUGCCAAAUACCAGUUUUCUGUUGGAUAACAUUCACUAUAGUGACAAAAAUGCUGCAUGACAAUGUGACGGGAGGCAUGCCGAACACCCUGACUGAGAUGUACGUGUACCUCCUUCUUUGCCAGACUGACAGAAUGAGAGACGGAGACUAUCCAAUGGAAAGCAACAACAUUGUGUUGAAGCUUGCAGAGUUGGCAUUUCGUCAGCUAGAGAAGGGUAAACUGAUCUUCUAUGAAGCUGAUCUGAAAGAGUGUGGUAUGGAUGUGAAGGAGGCCACCAUCUACUCAGGGGUGUGCACGCAAGAGAGCCGAAGAGGAAGACAGAUAUUUAGUUUUGUACAUUUAACCAUCCAGGAGUUUCUGGCAGCUUUGUUUGCUCGCCACUCCUACUUGCAAAGAAAGGAAAAUGUUUUCCUUGGGUACCUUAAAAGGAUGUCCACAAAAUGGCUCCCCAAGUCCAUGUUCAGUUUCCACAAGACAGCUAUUGAAAAAGCUUUACAGAGUCAGAAUGGCCAAUGGGACCUCUUCCUUCGCUUUCUCCUGGGACUGUCUCUGAAAUCAAACCAAGAACUAAUGGGAAGAAUACUUCCUUAUGUAGCAGAGGCAGAGAGUGAGGGAGAUACAAUAAGAACAAUCAACUUUAUCAAAGAGAAGAUCGAAGAGGAACCAGAGUCAAGGCUGAAUCUGUUUCACUGCCUACAUGAGCUCAAAGAAGAGUCUCUGGUGCAGGAAAUCCAGAGCUUUAUGAGCUCUGGCAGACUUACAACCAAAACGUUGUCUCCAGUUCAGUGGUCUGCCCUCACUUAUGAACUCACAACUUCAGAGUCAACAGAGGAGUUUGAUCUGAAGAAGUACAUCCGAUCAGAAGAUGGUGUGGUGAAGCUGCUGACUGUCAUUACUUCUUCUACAUGUGCUCUGCUUGAUCGCUGCAACCUGACUGAAAAUAGCUGCAAAGUUUUGGCCUCUGCCCUGAACUCAUCAUCUUGUCGCCUGACAGAGCUUGAUCUAAGUGAUAAUAAACUGAAGGAUUCAGGGGUGAUUCUGUUGUCUGUUGGAUUAAAGAGUAAACACUGUAAACUGAAGCACUUAAGGCUGCACAAUUGCAAACUGGUGGGAGAUUGCUGUGAAAUCCUAGGUGAUGCUGUCAGCACAGAGUCAACUCAACUCAAGGACCUGGACCUCAGCGCUAAUAACUUACACCCAGGUGGGUUAAAGGCUCUGUGUGCCGGACUUCGCAAACCCAACUGCAAACUGGAGACUCUGAGGUUGAAUGAAUGCAUGUUAAAUGUCAAAUGUUGUGAAGAUCUGGCUUCCAUUUUAAGCUCGGACUCAUCUCAUCUGAAAAUACUAGACCUGAGUGACAACAGCCUAAAGGAUUCGGGUGUUUCUCUGCUUACCGCUGCACUGAUGAGUCAGCACUGUGACCUGGAAACACUCAGGCUCAGCAGAUGUGACCUUACACUGAAAUGUUGCAGCCACUUUGGCCCAGCUCUCAGCUCUGAGUCUACCCAUGUAAAGGAGCUAGACUUGAGUGGAAACAACCUGCAAGGUCAGGCAGGCAUACAGCUGUUGUGUGAUGGAAUGAGAAGUCCACACUGUAAACUGGAGACGUUAAGGUUAAAUGAGUGCAAGUUGCAGAAGUGCUGUGCUGACCUGGCCUCAGUGCUCAGCUCUGGGACAUCUAACCUGAAAGAACUUGAUCUGAGUGAGAACGAUCUGCUGGACUCAGAGGUUGAUCUACUCUCUGGUGGACUAGCAAAUCCACACUGCAAACUUGAGAUAUUAAGGUUGGCAUUCUGUGGCAUCACAGAGAAAAGCUGUGCUUCUUUGGCUUCAGUGUUCAGCUCCAAUCCGUCUCACCUCAGGCAGCUGGACCUCAGCUACAACUACCUGCAGGACUCUGGAGUCAAACUGAUCUCUGCUUAUCGUGACAACCCACUUUGUAAACUAACAGACCUCAGUGUGGACCCUAAUGGAGAGUGCUACUUAAAAUCAACACUAAAACAGAAUGCAUGUAUGCUGACGCUGAACCCCAACACAUCUGCCAAGUCUCUCUUUCUGCACGAUGGGGGAAAGCAGGUCACAUGGGUCAGGGAGAAACAGCCGUACCCAGAUCACCCUGACAGGUUUGAGAGUGUCUCCCAGGUGCUCUGUCUCCAAGGCCUCACCCAGCGCCACUACUGGGAGGUGGAGUGGCGUGGACGCUGGGUGGAUAUCGCCGUGGCAAUGAGGGGGAUCCGUCGUAGGGCUGGUUCUCACAUGUGUGGUUUUGGCUACACAGACCAGUCUUGGAGUCUGUUCUGCUCUGAGGAUCACUACAGCGCUCAGCACAACCACCAGCGUGUAGAAAUCCCAGCACCCAAGUCUCGCUCCCACAGGGUCGGGGUCUAUCUGGACUAUCCCGGUGGUACCCUGUCCUUCUACAGUGUCUCUGCCGGGACACUCAGUCACCUGCACACAUUCAACAGCACCUUCACCGAGCCACUUUUCCCUGGGUUUGGGAUGGAGGAAGAUGACUGCUCUGUAAUCAUUUGUACAGAGGAGAGUUCACAAGCCAUUUCUUAGUGCACAAGUGCUGAAAAGCUUUGGGUAUUUCAGAAAUAAGGGGUUUUCUGUAACCCAAAAAAGGAUAAAAUCAUUUUACAAAAGCCAAAAUCAGGUUCUUGGCCCAUAAAAGAGAUCAAAUAAACAGAAGUGAACUCAGGCUAUUACAACAUAACUGAAGAACUCAACUGACCUAAUUUACUGUUAGUCAUAAAGUGGAAAAGCACUUGGUAUUCACAGGCAGUCUCCCACCAAAGCACAAACCAGGUCCAAACCUCUGUUAGCUUCUGAAAUCAGGCUUGUUCAGAGUGGUGUGGCUGCAAGCUCUUUUGGGAGUAAUUUUAUAUAUAUAUAUAUCUGACAAUUACAUCCUUACUUUUUCUCAUGGGGACUGUGUAACCAAGUGUUUGAGUACAUGUAAAUGUAUGUAAGCAAGUUUUUUUUUUUUUUUCCUCAGGUGGGGGGAUUCAUUUACUGCUAAUUAUAAACUGGAAAUAUUACAGUUUUCCCAGGCAGGAUCCCUUCCAGUUUCCAAACAGACCCAACCAUCAAUCAGAUGAAACCAGACAUGUGGAGGUUUGUCAAUCUGUAAAAACCUCUAAGGGUCAUUUGGACGUUAUUCAUACAUUUGCCAAUUAUUUCAGUGCCUUUUCUCAUUUGGCACAAGGCUGCAUGCCUUUAAGGACAACUGAAAAUAUGUAUUAAAGCAAGUAAAUCUCACAAAAAAUCUAAUUUACUGUUAAACAACAAGUUUACAGCUUACAGAAAAUGUGGAAAAUGUGGAUAACAGAAACACUUACUAUUGAAUAUCUGUCAAUAAUUAGUCUUAAGUUUCCAAAAACAAACACUAAUUCAGCAAAAUGGAACAUCCUAAACCCAAAUCUAACAAUUACAAAGCAAUAAAAGGAAAUCUAAUCCUGAUAAGCAACUGCGCCCUGGGGCCCAUCUUGUACUCAAAGAUGGCAGCAACAUGGAGCCCACAGCACCAGUAACAGAAACAAGAAUUACACAGUUUGUAAUGUUACAUUGACUAAACUGUAAUGUUGAAGAACUAUGUGUCACCAUUUGUGUUAUAUAUUUGUGCAUUAUGAGAAGUAUGUGUCAAAUUACAAGAAAAACUAAGACAACAAAAAUGUAAUAAAUGUAAUAAAAACACAUAAAAAAUGCAUGUUACACAGGUGGUACAAGU